UUUUUUUCUUGGUGGCUUGAGCUCGAAACGGUCUCCGAUCCGCCACGACUCUCAUACCAGCAAACCACUCCUUACUUGAAUCGCAUUCGCUAGCUCAGAGGAGGAGGAGGAGGAGGAGGAUGCCGUCGCGCCAGUUCUACAAGCUCUUCCGUCUGACAGAGCAGGUGGCCGAGUCCGCCGCCGCCAUCCACGCGCCCGUCAUGCGCCAGGUCGUGGCCAACCGGUACUGGGUCAAGCCUUGCAAGAAAGAGUACGACUAUCGGCGGUUCCUCCGCGAGCGGCUGUUCGCCAAAGCACUCCAGGAGCGUGCCAACUUUUUGCUCUCUCAACACCCGCAGCCCUUCGCGGGCCAAACUCGCGGCCCAGGCAGCGGUCAAGGUCAAGGCGGAUCUGGCCGAUGAUUGAGUGAUUGGCGGGGGGGGGGGCAGCGAAGUUUGUUUGCUGCAAUCCCUUUCGCUUGUUCUGUGACUGUUUGUUUUUUUGUAUCACAUUCAUCGCAAGCAUUCAUGACGGGA